AUGAAGCUGGAGGAGAUGCUGCAUGUUUGGCAGGGCUUGGUCCGCUUCAGCAAAGACCAUCGGAACUUCUAUUUGAAGGCACGUCCUCGUUUGCAGCCUCAGUUGUCCUCGAUGAGCAUCCGGCAGCUUCUGCUGGUGCUUCGAGGGGCCAGAGAUCUUCGACAUUCCAUGGCAGAUCUGCACGGGGCCACUUGUGCAGCACUGCUUCCUCGGGUGAAUGAACUCUUGCCUUCGGAGGCAGCGGCUUGCCUGACCUUUUGCAUCUUCUCCCCUCGCUAUCGUUCCCAGGCAAUGUCCUUGGUGAAGUCCAUCACUGAGAUCUGGACGUCGCAGGACUUGACUUCCUUGCGAGUUGUUGAGGCCGUGGAUGCCCUGGAAUGUUUAGCAUCCUGGAAUUUGAGACCUGUGGCAGUGCUAGAGCGUUUGGAUGGCAUUUUGGUGGAUCGGCUGGUGGAGCUGAAGUACACCGGGAAUAUCUCCCUGUGGGUUGUGGCCACGCAAAGCUUAGCUUCGUUGAGGUAUCGGGAGGCAUCUUGGCCUCUCUUGGCUCUGGAGUUGGCUUCGGACAAGGUCUUCUUGGAGAAGGUCCCAUUGCACCGGCAAUGCGAACUGUUGGCAGGUUUCGCACAGCUGGGCCUUUUCGAUGCAAAGGCCUUCAGGAACUUUGCGGAGCUGCUGUUGGCUGAGAAGAGCCACUUCAAGGAUUCCAAGGACAUGGCAAAGGUGCUGAUGUCAUUUGCUCAGAGCCACUUCUUCCACGAAGAGAUCUUUGACACGCUGUACAACUUGUUCCUGGACAUGUUUCAGGCAUUGCAGCUUCAGUUUUGUUUGAGUCCUUCUGUGACCAUGUCCGGCGUCAUGGCAGCCGUGCCCUCGGUGGCAACUUUGCGAACAACCGGCGUCCAGCCAGCCGUUCACACCGGAGUUGCCACGCAGGUUGCAGCACCAUCAUCCGCCCAUAGCUCCGGUCUCUCUGCUUGUGGCCUCGCAGCUGUUGGUUUGGCCGCCACCGCGGCCGCCCGCAGCCGUCGCAGCAGCCUGGUGCGUGGGCAGCGCAGCGUCGUCCCGGUGCGCCCCAGCCGAUCCUUGAGCAGCGCCAAGGUGGUGGUCUGUGCUGGCGUCAACUUCCCCGAGGGCCGCAAGCUCCGUGUGGCUGUGGUGGGGGGUGGCCCGGCAGGGGCCAGCGCAGCGGAUCAAUUGGCGAAGGAUGGAGUGGAGACUUUCCUCAUCGAAAGGAAAAUGGACAACUGCAAGCCAUGCGGUGGGGCCAUUCCCCUGUGCAUGAUUGAUGAGUUCGACCUGCCAAAGGACAUUGUCGACCGCCAGGUGCGAAAGAUGACGAUGAUCUCUCCCACCAACAAGGAGGUCCAGAUUGGCCAAACUCUGAAGGAUGACGAGUUCAUCGGCAUGGUGCGUCGUGAAGUGCUGGAUGACUUCCUCCGUCAGCGCGCCAAGACGAACGGCGCUACCUUGAUCAACGGUCUCUUCAUGGGCAUGGCUCUGCCAGAGAAGAAGGGCGAUUCCUACGUUUUGACCUACAACGACUACGAGGACGAGCAGGGCAACGCCCGAAAAGGUGUGAAGAAGACCUUGGAGGUGGAUGUUGUGAUUGGGGCUGAUGGCGCCAACAGCCGGGUGGCCAAGGAUAUCGAAGCUGGAGACUACGAAUAUGCCAUCGCCUUCCAGGAGCGAAUGAAGAUCCCUGAGCAGAAGAUGGAUUACUACAAGGAGAGGGCCGAGAUGUACGUGGGCGAGGAUGUGUCUCCUGACUUCUAUGCCUGGGUUUUCCCCAAGUGUGACCAUGUGGCCGUGGGCACCGGCACUGUGAUCGACAAGAAGGGCAUUCAGAGGUAUCAGCAGGGCAUCCGUGACCGAGCCGCGCCACGCAUCGAUGGAGGGGAGAUCAUCCGAGUUGAGGCCCAUCCGAUCCCUGAGCAUCCACGCCCAUGGCGUGUGAAGGAUCGAGCCAUUUUGGUGGGUGAUGCUGCUGGGUAUGUCACCAAGUGCUCCGGUGAAGGUAUCUACUUCGCUGCCAAGAGCGGACGAAUGUGUGCCAAGACCAUUGUGAAGAACUCUAAGCAGGGCGUUCGCAUGAUUGAUGAGGCCGAUUUGAUGGAGCAUCUUCGUGAAUGGGAUGGCAAGUAUGGACCCACCUAUUUAGUCCUGGAUUUGUUGCAGAAGGUCUUCUACACCAGCGACGCCGCGCGAGAGAGCUUCGUGGAGUUGUGCGAGGAAGAGUAUGUGCAGAAGGUCACCUUUGACUCCUACCUGUACAAGACUGUCCAGGGCAACGAUCCUGUUGGUGACUUGAAGCUGGGUUGGAAGACCCUGAGCUCUUUGUACAAGUACAACAACCAGAAGACACCUGACCCCAUGCGAACUUUGGCAUGA